GGGACUCCUCUAACCGGACUUUCUUCUCCAGUUUACCCAGCAGAGGAGGAAGUUGAAGCGGGGCGGCUGAGCCUCUGUGCUGCGUCACCGCCGACUCUCAAACUUCGACAAAACCUCCAUAUUUCUUUUUCUCGCCUUCUUCUUUUUGUAUUUUUUCUCUUUCUCUCUCGGUCCCGGGUUCAGUGUAGAAGAGUCUGAACUGACGCGCUCAACAUGUCUCUCCGGACACACAAGACGACCACCACCUCCUACCGGACGGUGAGCGCGGCCGCCCCGGAGCAGGUGACCGGCUCGGUCAUCUCCAACAGGUCGAUGUCGCCGCUGCCUGUCGCUCAGAACGGCGCCUACGAGACGGUUCGGUACCUUGUUCCGAUGCAGCAGCCGGUGCAGCAGCAGUCCUACAUGCUGAUGCCUCAGCCAAUGAUGCAGCCGAUGAUGCAGUGUGUUUCCCCGGUUUACCUGCAGUCUAUGUCCGGACUGAGCGUCGGCAGCCAGUCCGACUCCGAGCUGCUCUACCUGCAGCAGCAGCAGGCGACCAUGGAGAGCUCCAGCAGGAAGUCUUCGUCUGUGUUCAGCCAGUUGUCCAGUCCUAUCAAGAGUCCUGAGCUAGAGGAGGAGGAAGAGGAAGAGGAAGAGGAGGAAGACGACGAGGACGAGGAUGCAGUGGAGGUGGAAGAGGUGGAGAUCGUCAACGUCAUUCAGCACAAGCCGUCGAUCGAGAGGAUCACGAGGACGGAGGUGCGGUCCGAGCUGAAGGAGACGCCACAACCGGCCAAGAUGGACACGCGCUACUUUGGCGAGCUGCUGGCCGACGUCUACAGGAAGAACUGCGACAUCCACUCCUGCAUCGCCGAGCACGUGACCAAGAUCCGCGGACCGAAACACCAGCUGGAUCAAAGCAGUGAAUUCAAGAUGGAAAAAGAGGAGGUGGAGGCUUUGAUUCCUAAAGGAACCACGGAACUGACCAAACAACAGAUUCGAUACCUGCUGCAGACUCGUCUCAUCGCAGACAGGAGCAUGCGUCUGCUUCUCUCCACCUUCAGCAGCCUGAGGGAGGAGCUGCUGCACAUGUCCGAGGACCUGCGGCGUCUGGAGAGUGAGAAGGAGUCUUUGGAGAGAGAUCUGGCUUUCAAGGCCGACCAGGCCCUGCAGUACGACAGCCUCCUGGAGGCCGUGCGAGACAACAACAGGCAGCUCCAGGCGUCCCUGAAGGAAACCAGCUCCACGCAGCGCACCCUCGAGAGCAAACUGAUGAGCAGCCGCAACACGGACUCCAACCGCGACUUCAAGAUCAAAGAGCAGGAGGGAAGAAUGCGAGCGCUGGAGAAGGAGAACGAGAUGCUCCGACAGAAGCUGGCAGGACAAGGCAACAGCACCACGCUGCACCUGAAGACGGAGGAGCUGUCGCGUCAGUACAGCGAUCAGCUCAAGUCCAUCCGAGAAGAAAAAGACCAGGAGAUACAGAGGCUGAGGACGCAGAUCACGCGAAUCCAGACCGAGGUGAGGACGGAGAGGACGUCGUCGUCCUCCUCGUCCUCCUCGUCAGAGAGGAGUCUCCAGCUGAAGAUCUCAGAGCUGCUCGCCAUGUUGGAGCAGCGGCAGACGACCAUCUCCCGGCAGGAGGAGGAGAUCAAGAAGCUGAUGCAGGAGAGAAACGACAGCAGCAGCAGCUCCUCCAACGUCACCAAGACCAUCAUCACCAAGAGGUACAGGAACCAGUACCCUAUCCUGGGUCUGCUCGGUGACGACUACCAGUACCAGGUCAACUCCCCCGUGAAAGAGGACAAGACCAUCGUCAUCGAGAGAAGCGGACAGACAAGCAAAAUAUAGGGAUGAUUGGACGACGAGAAGACGCGGACGUCGCCUCCCCUCUCACAUUCCCACAAUCCCGUGCAUGUUUGAUGCCCCUCCCCUUCCUCCCUCCCUCCCUCCUCAUCCUGAAGGCUUCCAGGGACGGUGGUGGUUUGCUUCAGAUUUUUUGCUUUGACCGAAUUGGCCUUGUUUAAGGGUGACUGUUUAUUUUUGCUGUUGUUUGGGCUUUUUUAUAGAUAGAAAAGGGGUUAAAUAUAAAUAAUAAUAAUAAUAAUAAUUCUUAUUAUAACAAUAAUAAUAAUAAUAAUUCUUAUUAUAAGACCAAACCAGUUGUGUGAUGGAUUAAGGUGACGUGACGUAGCCGAUAGUGUCUAAGAAACUUGAGAAAGUCCCAUUAUAAUUUAUUACCAGUGGUUCCCAAAGACUGGGUCGGGACCCACAGAUGGGGACAUGGGAGACUUUUUGGUGGUCCCUGAAUAAAUUUGUAAAGAUUUAUGUGGAUAAGUUUUAAAGUUGACUAAACAUCUCUUGGGAAUGAUUUGAGGUGUUGACGAGUCGCCUCGUCAUAUCUGACUGAUGUUGUGAUUUGAGUCACAAUAAAGAGAAAGUUUGGGAAACACUUCGCUUCACACUUACACUGAAAAACAUAGCAAAAUGGCUUCACUCAUCGAACACUGGAAUAUUCCAAACUGGAGCAGCUCAUGAGAUGCAUUCAAUGGCUCUGGUAAAUGUCUGAGAGAUCGGCAGCAGCAAGUAAACUCUGAAACGUGGUCACUUCUGCAAGCUAGAGGCGUGCUGCUGCUGUCUCCUUGUGACAAUAGGAGUAGAAAGAUGCGUUUUUAUAUUUGCAAUUUAAUAUAUAUACACAUAUAUAUAUAUAUAUAUAUAUAUACAUGUUAAGAAAAGGCACGAUAACUAAUGGACGUUUUUAUAAUUGAGCGAAUAAUCAAAUCCUCAUGCUUGUCCCCUGAAAUGAUCGACUUCUUUAGCCCGGGUGAACGAGGGAGUGUUCCCUUUGCAUGUAAAUAUUUACAUACAGUACGUAUAAUUAUAUAUUUUAGUGGUGAAAAUAAUUUUUUAUUUUGUUUGGGUAGUUUUUUUUUUUUUUGCCGCGUAACUCUUUUUGUUUUUUUGUUUUUUUGUUAAACGUGUCAGUCCGACAUCGGAGGUGCAGAAGAAUGUGGCGUUCACACGUCGCUCUGACGUUGUUUGUGUACGACAGCCGUGAUCUGGUAUGUCUCGCGUCCAUGAGGUGGGACUUUCAGGUGGGGGCGGGGAUUAGAGGCGGGUGUUUGGAGCUAUGGACCUGGAUUAAUGUUGGAUUAUUAAUGGUGGAAGUUAAAGCACAAUAUUCCUUCAGCUGUAUCGUGAGUCUUCUUUUCGAUUUGACCCGAUUGUUGUUCAGGCUUCGUCGCCACUGGGCGCGAGUUUGAAACUGCUGAUUAGCAACGUAGCUGCAGGUCGGAGGUGAAGGGAUUUGACUUUCCACUGAGGCUACACACUUCGUCUAGAGCCUAGAAAAACCUUUGACUUUGUUGAGCAGUGCAGACUUAAAAUAGAAGGUGGACAACAUGAAGCCAAUCCAUCUUGAUUGCCCCCUGGUGGCUGGUUGUAGUGUAUGCCAUUAAACUAGCAUCCUACGUGUUAGUGGACGGUAUAUCCGCCAAUCAAAAGUCAAAUCAGUGCAUAGAUAUCGCUGUUUUCUGCAAUUUUUAAUUGUUCUGGAAAGUUAUUUUGUUAUUUCAUGCUGGUACAACGCAGGUAAACCUCAUAUUUUCUAGAAGCAGGACCUAAACAUCAAGGCGGAGGCUUAUGUUCACUAAGAUUUGAUACAAUGGACAAAAUACCUGGGAUUAGAUACAAGAUUAACGGUGUCUUUCCUGACUUUACUGCUGUGUGAUGAUGUAGCAUUUACCGUUUUCUGAUGCAGCUUCAAUUUAAAUGGAAAUGACAGAAAUGUUGGCAGCUGUGGUGUUUAUCGUUCCUCCCUAAUCUGCUAAUCUGCUAAUCUGCAGCAGUGACAGAACAGAGCCACCCUGUGGACACAAGUUGUGUUUCUGUUGGAAGAAUGUCAUAAAAUAUUGUGAAUGUUAACACGCAAGUGCCUCAUAGUGUUCGUCAUGUUAAUGUAAGGCCAUAACAAAAUAACAUGAAAAAUGGCACCAGAAGCUAAAGUUAAAAAAACUAAACUGUGCGCUAAUCUGCUGAAAUGUCUACGUUUAUUUUCGUAUGCAGAAGAUUUUUCUUUCACGUUCUAGUCCGACAGGAUUCGACCGAUUCGGCCCGAGAAAUGUUUGAGCUGUGAGAUCGUCAUUAAAAACCAGGGAAGUGUCUUUGUAAACUUGUUUUUUGUUUUUUUGUUACAGCACUGCACACGCAACACAACAGCAGUGUCAUCAUAUUAAAGGUUUGAUAAAAACUGACCAACAAUAAUCACAGCUCACAUAUUAAACAAUUAAAAUGGCUUAGAAACACACUAAAAGUCAAAUGUUUGUCAAAAACAAGUUGUUUUUUUGCAAUCACAGCUAUAAAUGGAUAUAUGUUCUUAUUACAAUGUGUAAUAAAAGUCAUAUCAUCCCAAAACUACUCUCUGCCCUCACUGUUGUCUGCUUCUGUGUAAGAAAUAAAUCAAUCUAAACCAAA